CUCGAGAAGUGUAUUCAGUAUCCAACAAUAUGGCUAGCCCAGCUGUCUUCGUCGCUGCUCUUUUUGUUGCUUUCGUGGCGGUGGCUACAUCAAGGCAGUGCGAGGUGCGUGCGCGCACGCGAGCGGGAUGGGUGUGCGGCGCCAAGCGGCUGGCGCAGGAUGGCUCGCAGUACGCCAGUUUCCGAGGAGUGCCUUACGCCAAGCAGCCCCUGGGAAACCUGCGCUUUCAGGAACUUCAACCACUUGAACCUUGGAUUGGGGACUUUAAAGCAACAACCGAAGGACCCGCCUGCCCGAACAAUAACAUAUUAUUUGGCUCCCUGGUGCAGCCGCAAGGCAUCAGCGAAGCUUGCAUCCAUGCCAACAUACACGUCCCAAUAGAUGCCCUCCCGGACAUCCACACAGGUGCGAGUUGUAUGGGUGGGCUACCGAUCUUAGUGUUCGUUCACGGAGGCGCUUGGGUCUGCGGGUCCGGCGACGCAGACUUCAGUGGACCAGAGUAUAUGGUCAGCAGAGGUGUUAUAAUAAUCACGUUCAACUACAGGCUGGACUUCCUCGGCUUCUUGUCCCUGAACACGUCGAAGAUUCCCGGCAACAAUGGUCUGCGCGACAUGGUGACCUUGCUGCGCUGGGUGCAGGCCAACGCGGCCUACUUCGGAGGCAACCCCGCCGACGUCACGCUCGCGGGACAGAGCUCCGGUGCCGCUAGUGUGCACCUUCUGACGCUGUCGCCAGCUGCCGUUGGAUUGUUUAAUCGUGCGUUUCUUAUGAGCGGUGCCGCUAUCCAGAGCUUCUACAGCGCGUCUCCUGUGUACGCUCAGCAAGUGGCUGCCCUCUUCCUCUCCGCCCUGAACAUCUCCUCCACGGACUACGACGAGGUCCACGACCAGCUUGUUGAAUUGCCGAUCGAUGUUCUCAUAGCCGCCAGCAGGGUAGUGUUAGAUCAAACGGGUUUAACCAGUUUCGUCCCUGUUGUGGAGACACCAUAUGCAAACUUUACGACAAUCCUAAACGAGUACCCUGAAACUCUGCAAGCUAACGGCAACGGGAAGUAUAUUCCGCUAGUUAUAGGCUUCACUAGCAGCGAGUGCGAAACGACUCGUCCAAGGUUGGUCCAGUUCAACGCUGUGGCUGCGAUUCAAGCGAAUCCGCUGGUUGGAUUGUCUCCAGAUCUUGUAAAUAGUUUGCCAUCGAACGUAACGGCGGAGAUGGCGAAGAAGGUGAUGGCAAGAUAUUUUAGAGCGACCCCGACAAUGGAUGAGUUCGUUAAGUUGUGCACCGAGACACUCUUCCAGUACCCAGCGAUCAAGCUGGCGCAGGCGCGAGUGGCCGGCGGGGGUGCGCCCGCGUUCCUGUACAAGUACGCCUACGAGGCCGACUACAGCGUCGUCAAGGAGGCGCUCAACCUUACAUUCUCCGGCGCCGGCCACUACGAGGACUUGAACAGGAUACUCAAGGCCAACUCGUGGUACAGGCCUGCGAGUGCCGCCGAUAAAGCUAUGACAGAAUGGAUGACCGAUAUCAUGGAGAUGUUCAUAAAGAAUGACACCCCGUCGAGAGAUGGAUGUUGGGCAGCGGCUUCACCUGCGCUGGAGUACAACUACAUCGCCGGGCCCGCCACCGACUUCGGCGCCAUGAGCGACUACGACCAGAAGAUGGUCCACUUCUUCGAAACCUUAGCCGAUGUGUAGUGUACGAGUGUGACUACAAUGACUAAUGCAAUUAAUCGUUACUAUUUAUCUUGUUUCAAUAAAAAGAUCUUUGUCCAGGA